CUGAUUGGAUGUUGCUACUGGCCGCCAAAGAAAUCGAAAUAAAAUUCGCGGACGGCGUUUGAGCUCUAGAAAUGAACCAUUCACUCCAAAGCAGCGAUUAUUGAAAUAGCAUUAGAGUUUAGCUAUUCCUUGUUACUCAUCGAGGAGCAUAGAGCCGCAACAACACCUCGCCAACAGACACGGUUUCGGGCAUCCCCACUCAGUUGGGCUCAUGUGGUUCCGAUGUCCUUUGCCUCGCUAUCUGCUGGUUUUUUUCCAAGUCUGCUUCGGUCUCCCAACUCUUCUCUUCCCCUGACGGUUCCAGUCAAGUGCCAGCCUAGCAAUGAAUGGUGUCAGCUAGUUUGGCAGGGUGAAGCAUGGAAGAAAAAAUGGAAAAACUUACGGGACACAUAUCAGAAAAGAAAGAAAGAGCAACGAAAGUACAGAAGUGCUUUAGGAGCACGGAAGAAAAUUAAGUGGAGGUGGAGUAGAAUGAUGCAGUUUUUGGAUCCUUAUCUUGACACAAAAAGCAUAGAUACUAGCACUCCAGCAACUGCAGAGGAUGAUACUGCAAGUCACAAAUCUAGUGACAAAGAAGACAUGGACUCAGAACUUGACAGAGAAAGACAGUAUUCUUCAUGGUCUGCAGCCCUCUCAUCAUACAGCUUCAGAGCAGUACCCAGAAACAGCACUACAUCUGUUGACCAGAUAAUUGAAGGCUCUCAAGCAGUAGGAUACCCUGAAGAUGCAUUUUUCAAAAGCUGUGCUCUCCGAGCCAAAAAACUGCCAUUCCAGACAAGAUCUUUCCUGCAGCUUCAGAUAACACAGCUUUUUGUGAAUGCUGAGAACCCAGAACUACCACCUAUCCCUAUUACACCCCUUCCAUCUCAUCAGCAUUUUAGAGAUUCUUCCACAGUGGCAAGUGACAUUCCACUUCAGCAACGUCCAGCUGAAGGACCAGCAUGCACUUAUAUCAUGUGCCUCAGAUCAGCCUCAUAAUGAAGAGGAGGGAAAACAUCAGGCUACAGAUAUAAUGAACACUGCUAUUGCAGAAAUUUACAAUUGAAAUAUGUUGGCAUUUAUUCGUGAUACAUUCUUUUCUUUCCUCUUGGGUAGUCAAGAAGCAAAGUCUUGUAACAGUUUACAAAAAAAGGCAUUUAAAUUCCAGUGAUAAACUCUACAGCCAUUGUCUUUGAAUUAAGUAUUCUGGAACUUAAAGGCAAUUGUAACAUUUAAAAUUUGCAACAUUAUUAUGCUUGGCUGGUCUUUGCUUUCAAAUAUUUGAAACACUAUGUAGCAUGGGCCUGUGUGAUGGUACAGGUAGACUGCCCAUCUCGAAUCAUUCCAGAGUUAAUUGUGUAGACUGCUAUUGAAACUAGUUAGAAUGGAUACAAUGCCUUUAUGCUAUGCUGAAAAGCUUACAGUGUUAUUUUAAUUGUGAAAAUGGUUGCUAUUAUUUCAUGCAGAAAAACUAUUUCCAUUGUGAUUUCUUUUUUUAAUUAAAACUGGUAUUUCCCUAUCACAGUUCCAGAUUUAUUUCACCAUUCAUCAGAGGAAGGCCUUAGUGACAUUAUUUAAAUAUCCUUCUAGGAUACAAAGAAUAAUUGUGGUGUAAAAAAAUGGAGUGGAUUCAUCACCUGAAUAAAUAUGUCUCAUUUGCAUUUAAGAAACAAAAAUACCUGUACUGUUUGAUUGCCCAAUAUGUUUGUCAUCUAUUGAGUAUUUAUACAAUUGUUAAUAAAAUUAAAAUUUUCUAUUUUAUGUCUAGUCA